UAUAUAUACGAAUCACCAGAUAAAUAUUCUUGUUUAUCAGCAUAGUUAGACUUUUGUAUUCAAUAACAAUUAUAGAAAACAAGAAAAUACUUGAUAAUCACAUACUAUAUUUGAAAUGGGGAACAUUCUCUGCUGCACAACAGUUGAUCAAUCAACAGUUGCCAUCAAGGAGAGGUUUGGCAAGUUUGAAGAAGUACUUGAUCCUGGCUGCCAUUGCCUGCCGUGGAUACUCGGAAGUCGGAUUGUCGGCAGUCUCUCGCUCCGUUUGCAACAGUUAGAUGUUCGUUGCGAAACCAAAACUAAGGAUAAUGUUUUCGUCAAUGUUGUCGCAUCGAUUCAAUACCGUGCACUUGCGGAUAAAGCUAGCGAAGCUUACUAUAAGCUCAGCAAUACAAGAAGCCAAAUCCAAGCUUAUGUUUUUGAUGUGAUCAGAGCCACCGUUCCAAAACUUAACUUGGAUGAUGUUUUCGAGCAAAAGAACGAUAUAGCACGAGCUGUUGAAGACGAGCUCGAGAAGGCUAUGUCAGCUUACGGAUAUCAAAUCGUCCAGACACUCAUUGUUGAUAUCGAACCUGACGAGCAUGUAAAACGAGCCAUGAACGAAAUAAAUGCAGCUGCAAGAAUGAGGUUAGCAGCUAACGAGAAAGCAGAAGCUGAGAAAAUUGUACAGAUCAAAAAAGCAGAAGGUGAGGCAGAAGCCAAAUACCUGUCAGGACUCGGUAUUGCAAGGCAACGCCAGGCUAUCGUCGAUGGUCUUAGAGAGAGUGUUGUUGGCUUCUCCGUCAACGUUCCGGGGACAACUGCAAAGGAUGUUUUGGAUAUGGUUCUGAUAACUCAGUAUUUCGACACCAUGAAGGAGAUUGGUGCUGCUAGCAAGUCGUCAGCAGUAUUUAUUCCGCACGGACCGGGUGCUGUCAAUGACAUCGCCACCCAAAUUCGAAAUGGAUUACUUCAGGCAACCACUUAGGAGUAACUAUAUUCAGACUCAAGUUUAUGCAAUGUACUAUGCUGUAUUUGAUGUAAUUAAUGGUGCUCUUUAUAUUUAUGUCAAGAUUCUUUGCUUUUGUACAAACUAUAAACUCGUUGAAUAUUUAAUAGAAGUCAAGUGUUUUGCUCAA